UGUGCAACUGCAUGCACAACGGCGGCGCCAAGUGCGUUUGCGUGGCGUACAAGACUCUUAGGGCUUCUCAGGAAGAGUUUUUCCUCAAAGAUAAGGGUUAUGGUGGUGAUGAAGGAGAAGAAGAAGCAAAAGAUGAGAGUGUGAGUGCUAUAGAAAUUGAGGGAACAAAAGUUGAAGAAGAUGAAGAAGAAGGUUGUGAAAUGGAAGGAAGUUCCACUGUGAAACGAAGGAGGGAGAGGGAUAGGUUGUUGGAAGAAGCGAGGAAUAGUGUUCCUGAAAAUGGGUUUGGGAGGGUUUUGCAUUUGGUUAAGGCCUUUGAGAGACUUCUCACUAUGCCCAAAAGCUCAAAGGAGAAAGAUCACAAGGAUCAUCAUGAUCAUGAUGAGCAAGAGAAUGAUCAUGAUCAUGGAGAGAAAGAGAAGAAGAACAAGGUGAUGAAAUGGGCUUUACCAGGGUUGCAAUUUGAACAACAUAAUAAGGCACUUGAAGUUACUGAUGAUGCUUCUGUUUCUGGUUCUUCUUCGUCAUGCUACCCAUCUGGGCUGGUUUUGACAUCCAAGAACCUUGGCUUAGAUCAAGGGAUUUUAGUUUCUUCUUGGGAUAGUAGCCGAGCAAGUGUGUCUAGCAGGACUUCUGGGGGUAGAAGGAGCAGGAGAAAUAGCUUGGAAUCUUCCUCUGGGACGUUAGGAGGGAGGAGGUGGAAUAGGAAGGAGAAGCUAAAAGUCACCAGAGCAAAACCAUUUAAGUUAAGGACUGAGCAAAGGGGAAAGUUGAAAGAGGAAGAAUUUAUGAAGAAAGUGCAAGAGAUGAUGUCUGAAGAAGAGAAGAUGAGGAUACCAAUUGCACAAGGUCUUCCAUGGACAACAGAUGAACCAGAGUUCACUUUUUACUUAGGCUACACCUUAAAAUUCACUACAGCAGAGACGGCGUUCAACAUGAAUGGUGGUCGAAGACAGUUGAGACGAUCAGAAAAUCAUGUGACCUUCUUCGUCUCAAGGUCAAGGUUUUCAGAAGCAUAUAGAGAGGUGGAUCUGUGGAAAAUAUUCCAGAAGUAG